AUGCAAGCUCCUGCAUCACUGAAGUUCACAUGGAUAAAUACUGCCGGGAAUCCUCACUCGAAGGAGUGGUUGCAGAUCAACGCAGUUUUUCGUGUCAGUUUGGGGAAUUUCUUGUUUUUUGCAUCACUGGCUCUCAUAAUGAUUGGUGUGAAGGACCAGAACGACAAACGGCAUGUGAUUCACCAUGGUGGAUGGACUGUGAAGUUUGUGGUGUGGGCUUUGCUCAUAGUCCUCAUGUUUUUUGUUCCUGAUGUAAUCAUCUCAUUCUACGUCAGUUGCAUGUACCUUGCAUUACUUGCAGUAUCAGUUGGAUGCUAUAUUGCAGCAUUUACAAUAGCAGGACUUAUGUUCAUUUGGUUCAAUCCCUCAGGCCACGACUGCGGCCUUAAUGUCUUCUUUAUUGUCAUGACUAUGAUUCUUGCGUUUGGGUUUGCUAUUAUUGCACUGCACCCUCAGGUGAAUGGCAGUCUUCUGCCAGCUUCUGUGAUUUCUGUGUACUGUGCAUAUGUGCUCUAUAGCGCUCUUUCAAGUGAGCCCCGAGAUUAUGUAUGCAAUGGUCUCCACAAUAGUUCAAAAGGUGUAUCCACGGGUAACCUAAUUCUUGGUAUGCUCACAACGGUUCUCUCUGUCCUGUACUCUGCCCGUCGAGCUGGAUCAUCCACAACCUUCCUGUCCCCACCUUCCUCACCAAGAUCAGGUGGAGGAAAGCCUCUUUUGGAUGAUAAGUUAGAGGAAGGGAAAAAAGGCAAAGAAACCGAAGCAGUACCAGUUACUUAUUCCUAUAUGUUUUUCCAUUUGAUUUUCGCACUAGCUACUAUGUAUUCGGGCAUGCUUCUUACAGGAUGGACCGGCUCAUCGUCAUCUGAUUCCGCUUUUAUUGAUGUUGGUUGGACAUCAACUUGGGUUCGAAUAUGCACUCAAUGGGCAACUGCUGCUCUUUAUGUUUGGUCUCUUGUGGCUCCUCUAGUACUUACAGACCGCGAAUUCUAUUAG